AUGUUUACCAGUGCAGCAUCACUUAGAAUCCUAAGUAGGUCGUAUAUCUCACGAUCCACUAGAAUAAAAUCGAUAAGUCAACCAUUGAGCCAUUUCAUUAUACCACGACUGUUUUCAACGAUACCUCGCCACUCGUUUCAUCAAUCGUGGAUAAACUUUAACAAACAACAACAUGAGGAUAAAAAGGAGGACGACUUAGAGAAAACUAGGAAGGAAUAUGAGGCUAAGUUGAAUAAAAACUCUGAAGGGAAGGAGGAGACUCAAGAGAAGGAAUCUAAAGAUGAAGACUCCAAAGAUAAGAAGAAAGAUCAAGAGAAGGAAGAAGAGGAGCAGAUACGCGAAGAACUAAGAAAAAAGUUUAAGGAAAAGCACCCUGGGGCAGAACCAAAAGAUUUCAAGAUCUACAAGAUUGAAUGGAAACAAAUUGCCAACGUGAUGUUUCUCACCACCACGUCGUUAUUGCUUUGGCUUUAUAUCAUUUCUACAAUGCAAGACGAGAAGGGACAACAAGAAUUGUCGAUGCAGAGCUUUAUAACAAACUACUUGGAAAAGGGAUUGGUCACCAAGUUGACCGUGAUUAACAAGUAUAUCGUUGAGGCCCUGUUGAUCCCUGGAGCUGUAAGCAGCGCCACUUUCACCAAACCCGAUGGAUCGCCAGCGGUUCUGUUUACUAUUGGAUCAAUAGAGUAUUUUGAAGAUGAACUCAACAGAGUGCAGGACCGUUUGGAUAUCCCCAUCAAUGAAAGAAUACCGAUUGUUUAUGAAGAUAAGGGAUCGUGGAUGAGUUACAUUUUGCCUAUAUUGCCCACAGUUUUAUUAAUUGGUGGAUUGUACUAUUUAACAAUGAGACGUAUGCCUGGUGCUGGGGGCUCUGGUGGCGGUGCUGGAGGCGCUGGUGGAGGACCAGGAGGAAUAUUCAAGAUUGGAAAAUCCAAAGCCAAGUUGUUUAAUCAAGAGACUGAUGUUAAGAUAAAGUUCAAGGACGUUGCCGGAUGUGAUGAAUCAAAGGAAGAGAUUAUGGAAUUUGUCAAGUUUUUGCAAGACCCCAAGAAAUAUGAAAAAUUGGGUGCCAAAAUUCCUCGUGGGGCAAUCUUGUCGGGACCCCCAGGUACCGGUAAGACGUUGUUAGCUAAAGCCACUGCUGGAGAAGCAGGCGUGCCAUUCCUCAGUGUUUCUGGUUCUGAAUUUGUCGAGAUGUUUGUUGGUGUUGGUGCAUCGCGUGUACGUGAUUUGUUCAAGACGGCAAGAGAUAUGGCGCCGGCCAUCAUUUUUGUUGAUGAAAUUGACGCCAUUGGUAAAGAAAGAGGCAAUGGACGCAUGGGCGGUAAUGAUGAGCGUGAAAACACCUUGAACCAGUUGUUGGUUGAAAUGGACGGGUUCGAUACUACUGAUCAUGUGGUUGUGUUGGCGGGUACAAAUAGACCUGAUAUUUUGGAUAAGGCAUUGUUGAGGCCAGGUAGAUUCGAUAGGCAUAUUUCGAUUGAUGUGCCUGAUGUCGAAGGAAGAAAGGAGAUUUUCAAGGUGCAUUUGAAUAAAUUAAAGUUGCAAGCGGUGGAGGAUAUCGACAUUAAGCAAAAGGAUGUUGACUUUGCCAAAUUCCAACAGUUGAAAAACAAUGCUAUUGAGCAAUUGGCAGGAAGAUUGGCGGCUUUGACUCCAGGAUUUGCUGGUGCUGACAUUGCCAAUUGUAGUAAUGAAGGUGCAUUAAUUGCUGCUAGAGAAAAUGCAUCUGCAGUUGAUGUCCACCAUUUUGAACAAGCCAUUGAGCGUGUUGUUGCUGGGUUGGAGAAGAAGUCAAGAAUUCUUGCUCCUGAUGAAAAGAAGACUGUUGCUUUCCAUGAAGCUGGUCAUGCUAUCUGUGGAUGGUUCUUAGAGUAUGCUGAUCCAUUAGUUAAAGUAUCAAUCAUUCCUCGUGGCCAAGGUGCUUUGGGAUAUGCACAAUAUCUACCAAAGGACCAAUAUUUGACAUCAGAAGAGCAGUUUAAGCAUAGAAUGAUUAUGACUCUUGGUGGAAGAGUCAGUGAAGAAUUACAUUUCGAUACAGUGACUAGUGGAGCUUCUGACGAUUUCAAGAAAAUCACGCAAAUGGCACAACAAAUGAUUCUUAAUUUGGGUAUGUCGGAUAAACUUGGUCAAAUAUGCUACGACACUGGUGAUAAUGGCAAUGGUUUCAAAGUGCACAACAACUAUUCCGAAGAAACAGCCAGGUUGAUUGAUGAAGAGGUUAAGCGAUUGAUCGAUGAAGCAUAUGUGGCUUGUCACAAAUUGUUGAAGGAAAAGAUUGAUUUGGUUGAUCAAGUAGCUGAAGAGUUGUUCAAGAAGGAGGUGUUGACGAGAGAAGAUAUGAUUAGGAUUUGUGGCAAGAGGCCAUUUUUGGAAAGAAAUGAUGCGUUUGAUAAGUAUAUCCAAGGUCAAGAUGCAUUCAAAGGUAGGCCUAAAGCCACGGAUGAUGCUCCACCUGCAGCACCCGCUUAG